UCAAAACAUCUUAUUAGUUUACUUAUAAAAUAAGUCGAUGAAUGUGUGUCAAUGAUUACGCGCUGUAAAUAAAAACUGUAAAUAAAAAUUAAUAUAUUUCAUCGAUGAAUAAAAGAACUCGGAUACAUUUGCGCUUCGUGUGAUUGAUCAAUCGAUGACUUAAAAAAAAACUUGCCUUGUACCAAACUAUGUAUGUUAAUCUAUACAGAUGAAAGUUCGGUCGCAAAGACGCGGUUAGGAAUCGUAAGUUAGGAUGGGAGAAGGCUGUGACGGACGGGGAGAGGCGUGAUUUUUGUAACUACUGGUGGGAUUGAGCGAGUAAUCGAAAGAGGCUCAUACUAUCCGCGCUUUAGUAAGAUUGUUCACUAUAGUCUUCGCUAUGGCGUGUGUAGGGUCGAAUAGGCUUUGUGCUUAUGUGGAGAAACUGUGUCGGUUUGGACAUUUCACUCAAUUACGAAAGAAAGUUUCGACGACAACGUGUGUGAAAUCGCGUUUGGUGGCUUCUCAAAUGAACGGCGUGUUCUUUCAACAUUCAUGUAUCUUCCAAAAUAAAACGAACAAAUACAGCAGCAAGAUACCUCUAGCUAGAACAACUAGCACUAUGCAAACGCAGAUGCCUGGAUCUUUGCCUGAUUAUCAAAUCGAUCCUUACAGACUUGUAGAGGAUGACCUUAAGGAUAUUUUUGACGAUAUACGACUGGAACUCAUUAACAAUAUUUCCCAAGAAGAGCUGCAACCUAUAAGUACAUAUUAUUUGGAUGGCCAAGGUAAAGCGGUGCGACCUAUGUUUACUAUACUUAUGGCACGAGCUAUUAAUUAUCACAAAGGAAGAAAUGUUCUCUCGCAUUCACAACGACAAAUAGCAAUGAUCUCUGAAAUGAUUCACACCGCUUCCUUAUUACAUGAUGAUGUAAUUGAUCAAUCGGAUAUCCGUCGAGGAAAACCAUCAGUUAAUGUCGUCUGGAAUCACAAUAAAGUAGUCAUGGCAGGAGAUUACAUCUUAGCAAUCGCCUGUACAAUGCUCUCUAGAAUUCAAAAUAACGACGUGACUAUUACUAUCAGUCAGAUUAUUUCUGAUUUGGUACAAGGUGAAUUUAUGCAACUCGGCUCUAGAGAGACAGAAAAUGAAAGGUUUGCACACUAUCUCACAAAAACUUAUCGAAAAACAGCAAGCUUAAUCGCUAAUUGUGUUAAAGCAGUUGCUAUACUUUCUGAAGUUGAUGAUCACAUGAUAGAAAUGGCCUUUCAAUACGGUAGAAAUGUCGGCUUAGCUUUUCAGUUGGUGGAUGAUCUUUUGGAUUUUGUAGCUUCUUCAGAAGCAAUAGGAAAACCCACAGCCGCCGAUCUUAAACUCGGACUAGCCACUGCCCCAGUACUUUUUGCUUGCGAACGGUACCCGGAAUUAAACGCUAUGAUCAUGCGUCGCUUUCAGGAACCUGGAGACGUAGAAAAGGCUUUUGAUUUGGUACACAAAUCAAAUGGUCUCGAACAGACAAGAUUUUUGGCAAAAAAACACUGCGCAGAAGCAAGCAAGAUCGCACAAUCUUUUAUCAAAAGUCCUUAUCAAAAAGCUUUGAUUAUUAUGGCUGAUUUGGUUAUCAAUCGCAUGAAAUAGCAUUACGAUAAAUGCACACUUGAAGAGACGAUUAAUUUUAUAAAUAUUUAUCAUAGUUACACACGUACACAUACACACACUUAUAUCGGAUGAUAAAAUGACCGUAUCUAAUGGUUACGUUCAGAAAACUCAAUGGUUGAGAGAUUAUUAUUUAUGAUAGGACUAUUCUUUAAAACCUGCUACGGUUCCA